UUAAGAACCGAGCAUUCUGCAGUGCCUGAGUUGAACCAGAUGUCGCGCUCUAAGAUCUCUUUUUGUUGAUGGAAACUUACAUUACCGGUUCACCCCAAAGGGAUCCACCUGGUCCAAACUAGCAAGCCAGCCACAGUCACCCCAGGAUGAAACGGUCCCAACCCCAAUUAACUCCUGUCUCAACCCGUGAACCCCAACACGAAUUUCCCCACGGUGCCAUCCCCAAACCACGACAUAUAAAUCAAACACAUGUCCCCGAACACAAAUGCCAUGAAUCCCCUCCCCACAAGGGCACAGUCCCAUAAAAGAGCUCCAUUUUCAAAAAGCUGAUAAAGAAACAUCCACUCAGCACGAGCCCUGCUCACAGCUCCAGCUUCUAGGGUCGCCGCUGCGGUGCGAUGGCAAGGCAACAGACCUGCGUGACGCCAUCACACGCGAGUGCAACAGAGUAGACACCAAAGAGCCCCUACCUGACACCAGGACUGUAUCAACUCACCCGGCAAGCAGUCCUCAGCAGGCAGAACACCAUAGGGCGUGUUCUUAGGGGGGGCAGGUAGGGGCACAAAUUGUAAAAGGGUGGCACCCUAAAACUGUAGUCAAAGAUCCAAAGUCUAAGCUAUUAUAUUUUUGUUCUGUUAUGUUUCUGUUUUUAUAUUACUGACCUCUGAACCUUCAUUUGCCGUCUCUUAAACUGAUGCCUCCUGCAAAUGCCUAUCUUAAACCAGAAGGUUGCAGUGGUAAAGCUUGGGCUUAAAAUGAUUAAAAUACUUUAUGGCUUAGUUUACAUAAAGAAGCUUAAUUAAAAAGAUAUAUUUGUUAUUCUUUCAUUUAAAUAGGCUUUUAACUUUUUACAGUUAUUCCACUUAAAGCAUUUCUCUUGAAAAAGUUACCGUUGCAUACCGGUGAUUCUUCAGCACCAACUGAAUGUAAGACAAACACAAGGUCUUCGGUCAAGAUGGCAAUGUUGUGCAUGGCCUGCAGUCUACCUCUGCGUAGACUUUUUGUUUGUUUUGUUGUUUUUUUCGAGUUUUAUCUGGAAUGUGUCAUCUCUACUGGCUAAUGAACGGCAGUUCCUUUUAAAUAUACGUGCUGUAGUAGAAAAACUACCAGCUCACAGGCUUAAUGGACAUUAUAAGACACCUCCUUCACCACUUGGCGUUGGUACCUCUGUUCCUUCAGCGCCCUCUCGGCGUGUUUCUCCGCCGCGGUCGGCGCCACCGUAGGCGAGGGAAAAGAGGUGGACUUAUUGUAAAACUUUAGGCGAACAUUGGUCUGCUGUGUCACCAGUCAGGUAAGAUUCUACGUGAAAACAGCGAUCUCAUUGUGCAUCGCCCUAUGGAAUACUGCAAUCGCUGGCUGCGCCUCACUGAUGCAGACACUGGCUGCAAACCUCCUCACCAAAGGCGCUCAAAGAUCCCUAGGUGGGGCCGUGUGCUGGAGAAUCUCCUCCCUUGGGCCGUGUCCUCUGACUGGGCAGCCCGAGCUCUAUUCACAUGGCUCUGUUCAACACCAGAUCACUUGCGAACAAAAUGUUUAUCCUUAAUGAUUACUUUGGUUCUCACUAUUUGGACUUUCUGAUGUUGACGGACAUAUGAAACCAGGUGACAACAGUGCCUAUUCGGAACUCCUCCCACCUCCCUACUCUUUCUUCAGCUCCCCACGUUUGGCUGGUUGUGGUGGCGGCAUUGUUACCAUUUAUAAACACCAAUUUAAAUGCAGGCUUCUGCCUUCAGACACUUACUCCUCUUUUGAACUACAGGUUUUUGUGGUUGAUUUCUCCGAUCCUGGUUUAUUUGCUGUAGUUUACCGUUCACCAAGACUUAAUAAGGAUUUUAUCCAAGAAUUGUCUGAAUUUCUUGCUGAUUUCACUCCAAAAUUUGACAAUCUUAUUUGUGGGGAUUUUAAUGACCAUAUUUGCUGCCUGAAUGACCUACAGGCUAUUGAGUUCUCGAGGCUUCUGGCAUCUUUUAAUCUGACACAGUAAACGGACCAAUUCAUAAUUUUGGGCACACCCUGGAUCUUGUUUUCACACAUGGACUUUCUAUCACUUGCUGUGAGAUCUCUGAGGCGUCUGUCUCAGAAAUCAUUUUUUAAUUUGCAGCUCCCUCUCCAGCCAGUAGACCAUUGGUAGUGGCCUGUCAACGUCGCAUCCUCACCUCUGCUGCAGCUGAAGAGUUUGCAAACACUUUUAUGGAUUCACAGUUUGUUAAAUCAAUUGGUCUAUAUACCACAUUAUGUCCUAACAACUUCCUCUCUUUUUUCAAUGACACCUGUUGAGAGAUCCUAGAUUCCAUUGCCCCUGUUAGGGCCAAGCAUCUUAAACCUAAAGCUGAGCCUUGGUUACGUAACAGUAAUGUACGUGACCUCAGGAGGAAAUGCACAAAACCUGAAGGACUGUGAAAGGACAAAUUGCAUGCAUCUCUGGUUUUAUUAAUGAACAGUCUUGCUCACUACCAGAGAUCCGUUAAAGAGGCAAAAACCCUAGGGCAAAGGCUCUAAUAAUAGCCUUUGCCCUAGGGUGUUAUUUAACACAACUAACUGUCUUGAAUCCAUCUACAUCUGUGUUGUUAGAUGCUUUGGCUACUACCUGUGAGAAUUGUCUUUCUUUUUUUCUUGGAAAUGUAGCAUCUGUUAGACAGGCUUCUGUUUCUUCUACUAAUGUAGUUUUCUCUGCUUCUGCCGGUUCUGCUGUAUUCGAGCAGUUCGAAUCAGUAUCUUUUUCUUCACUGAGCAAAAUUGUGCAACGCAUGAAAACUACAAAUUGCCCUCUUGAUUUUUUUCUAACAAAGUUAUUGAAAGAAGUUUUUAUGACCAUAGGUCCUUCCAUUUUGUCCUAAUUCCUGUUUAAAUUCAGAGAUUGUGCCUGCUCACUUCAAACAUGUUGUGAGGCCUCUUCUUAAGAAACCCCACCUUGACCCCCUGAUUUUAUCUAAUUUUAGGCUAAUUUUCCACUUGCCAUUCUUAUCUAAGGUUUUAGAGAAAAUGUUUUUAUCCAGCUACAAACAUUUUUAAAAGAAAAUGAGAUCAUUUAGAAAUUCCAGUCUGGCUUUAGAUUGCGACAUAGCACAGAGUCUGCCUUAUUAUUGCUAUGCCUGUCGAUGAAAGUGUCCAGUUGUCCUGGUGCUGCUUGAUCUCACAGCAGCCUUUGAUACUGUGGACCACUCUGUUCUCUUUUCUUGUCUAAACAACUAUGUUGGCGUCCGUGGCUCAGGUCUCAAGUGGUUCACAUCUUAUCUUACUGAUAGAACUUUCUCAGUUGUGAUUAACGACUUCGCAUCCUCUAGCGUGCCUCUGUCGUGUGGGAUGCCACUGGGCUUCAUCCUUGGCCUCCUUCUUUUCUCCCUCUAUAUGCUGCCACUCUGAGCGUUUAUCACAAGGCACCACCUGUCUUUCCAUUGUUACGCAGAUGACACAGAUGACAUCCAGAUCUGUCCCUAAAACCAAGUUACAGUAACUCACAACAUUGCCAUUUUGACUGCAUUUCUGCAGUUAAACAAUGGUUAAGCCAAAAUUUCUUGUUUUUAAAUGUACAAUAGACUGAUUAUAUUCUAUUCAGUAAUAAUGCCACCGUUGAUGUUAGUGCUUUGAAUUUUAAUUUCAGCAAUACUGUUAAAAAUUUGGGAGUGAUUUUUGAUAAGGAUUUUAAGUUUAGUAAUCAAAUUAAUUCAGUAGUCAAGUCAAGCUUUUACCAUCUAUGUAUUUUGUCCAAAGUUAUGCCUUUUUUAAACCACUCAGACCUUGAGACAGCUAUACACGCUUUUAUCAGUUCAAGAAUUGACUACUGUAAUGCUCUUUAUGUUAGUGUCAGUCAGUUGUUACUCAGUUGUCUGCAACUAGUCCAAAAUGCAGCUGCCUGGCUUCUUACGGGUACCGCCAAAAGAGAGCACCUCACUCCUGUUUUAUUUUGUUUACAUUGGCUUUCUGUCCAUUUUAGAAUAGAUUUUAAACUUCUACUGUUUAUUUUUAAAGUUUUAAAUGGUUUGGCCCCAUCUUAUUUAUCUGAUUUGUUGUGUCUUUGUGUGCGUGGUAGAUCCCUGAGGUUUUUGUCGCAGUUUUUAUUAAAUGGACCAAGUACUAACCAUGUGCAUUGGGGUGACAGGGCAUUCUCAGUAGCAGCUCCUAGACUGUGGAGCCAGCUCCCUGCGGACCUACACUCUAUCUCGGACCUGAGCUGUUUUAAAUCAAAACCUAAAACUAUUAUUUAGAAAGGCUUUUAAUGGCCAGGUUGGUGCUACAUUGUUCCAUCAUUUGUAUUGUUUUACUGCGGUUUCUGUUGUUGGUUGUUUGCUAAUUUACCUUUUAUGAAAAUUUUAUCUUUUAAUGAAUGCUUUGUAAAGCACUUUGGUUGCCUAGUCAGCGGUUUUGAAAGGGCUGUACAAAUAAAUAAUAACAAAACAGGUGGGACUUAAGGCGGGAAAGCCAAUCAGCAGCCGGUGUCUGGCUUCAACAGGAGAUUGAGGGGAGAAGGAACGGGAUGGAGGGGAGAAAUACUGCAAGCGUAAUACAGAGGAAAGAGACUGGAAGCCUAGUGGGAAAAGUGAGGGUGUUCAAUCGUCUCGGAAGGAAAAGCGACGUCCACACUCGGCAUCCUGUUGUAGGCGGUUGCUGUGCAUGGUAAUAAAUUCAGCUCAUGGCAAUGGCAACACACCACGAGCUCCAGUCCACCCAUUAUAAUGAAAGUAAACCAGCGCCUAAGCCAGCUGGGAACUGCACCCGUCCCAACCGCAAACUGCCAGCUGCCUCAGCGCAGGCACAGGACGCACAGCACCACCCACCCAACCGCAGCCCGGUGCCAGGCAGGGGCCCAGAGCUGCGGAGGAAGCCUCCACAGUGCACCAAAGACUGGCAACCCCACACCACAACCCCAGGGCUGCCCCGGCAUGCCAGUCACCCCACCCCCCGAAUGGGAAAUUCGGCGGCCGCUGCAGGCACCCUGCACAACCCCACAGCCGGCACAGGGUGCCACCCCACACUCCCCACCCUGAACCCUUAAUGUCUACAUACACCUUAACAUCUACAGACCAUCCAGAGCAUUAUGUCUGGAGGGAGAGGAACUCUAACUUAAACCUGGAGGGACCAGAACCUCAGCAAAAGAAAGAAAAUCAGGGUGAAUUUAAACCUCAACAGAUAAAAGAAGAGCAGGAGGAAACAGAAGCUGAACCAGGACAAUUGGGACCAGAACCUCUUCAGGGAAAGGAUGAACAGGAGGAACUCUAUAUCAGUCUGGAAAAAGAACAGCUUGAUCUGAAUCAGGAGACUGGUAAAUAUACAGUAAAUCCUACAUAUGAGGAAAGAGACCUGGAACCACAACCAAACAGGGACUCUAUCCUCAUCCAGAUCUCUUCAGAACCUGAGAACCAAAACCAAGAAAAUAACCAUCAUGAGGAGCCAGGAUCAAGUAGAUAUGAACAGAAAAAAUCCAAGAGGUGUCUGGAUAUCAGAAGAAAAAAAGAUAAUUUAGACAAACCAAAUGUGAAAAGGAAGGAGAAAAGCCACAAUGAGAAACUGUCUUGUAAAGUUUGUGGUAAAGUUUUAUCUCGGGGUUAUUUGAAAGAUCAUAUGAGAACUCACACAGGCGAGAAGCCUUUCUCAUGUAAAAUCUGUAAAAGAAGUUUCAGUCUAAGACGGAUUUUGACUGCUCAUAUGAAAACUCACACAGGUGAGAAGCCUUUCUCAUGUAUGAUUUGUAGAAGAAGUUUUCAUCGACGUGAUCAUUUGACUGCUCAUAUGAGAACUCACACAGGUGAGAGGCCUUUCUCAUGUAUGGUCUGUAAGAGAAGUUUUCAUCGAAAGGGUCAUUUGACUGUUCAUAUGAGAAUUCACACAGGUGAGAAGCCUUUUUCAUGUAUGGUCUGUAAAAAAUGUUUUUGUAGAAGUGAUAAUUUGACUGCUCAUAUGAGAACUCACACUGGUGAGAAGCCUUUCUCAUGUACAAUCUGUAAGAGGAGUUUUCAUCAAAGUGAACAUUUGACUGCUCACAUGAGAAUUCACACAGAUGAGAAGCCUUUCUCAUGUAUGAUAUGUAAGAGGAGUUUUCAUCAAAGUGAAAAUUUGACUGCUCACAUGAGAACUCACACAGAUGAGAAGCCUUUCUCAUGUAAAACUUGUGGAAAAAAAUUUACCAGGCGAUUCUGGUUGAAAAAUCACAUUAGAACUCACUCAGUCGAGAAAGCUUUGUGAUAUGGGAAAUGAGGAAAAAGUUAAAAUAAAUUUUCCUCACCACAUGAAAAGUGAGAAAUGUGGGAAUCCUUUCUCAUGUUCAAGGAGGCCAUUUGACGCUGUGAGACUAGCUUUAUUUAUUUGAAAUUUUUGGGACAGAUUCUGUCUUUUGUUACAUCAGUCACUCCCGAAAUAUUUGUCUGAUCCAUGGAUAAAGUCCAUGCUUCUG